UUCGCCAUGGCAUUGAAUGACGAAGAAAUAAACGUUCCAAAUUCGCCCUCUCCUGAGCUGGAUAUUUCGAGUCAUCAAGUUACACAUACACAGUUUAUUCGUAAUCUGUCUAAUCCAGAUCAAAGUUCUAAUACACGUGUAAAUUAUUCAUCCAAUAGAAAUAGUGGGGGUAAUGACACAGGAGAGGAAUUCAAUUUAAGAUAUACAGGUACUAAAGAUAUUGAUAAAAUAGAACGACUUUAUAGACGCCCAAAAUCAGCUGAACCUAUCAGUCAUAAAGAUAAAAUGUAUAGAAAAAUAAAAAACCUAAAGCACAGUAAUAUGCACAAUGACAGAAUAGAGCAAUUUUAUAAACGACCGUCAUCUGCGAAACAUGUUCGAAAUGCAAAUAUAAUAACCACCGACAUUAGGUCCCAAAAUGUCGAUUACCUUGAGAAUUUAAAACUUGACAAUGAAACCUCGUUUUUAAAUACAGAUACCUCUAAACACAUUAAUGUUCAACCUAUGAUUACUACAAAACAAUUUGAGACUAACGAUGGCGGCUUAAUUAAUAGCGAAAAUGACACUAACCGACUUGAAGAAGGUACUCCACAAAAAUUACAAUCUGAUAACCAAGACAACGGUACACAAUGUUCAAAAAUUGAAAUAACUGACAUAGGAUCAUUAGAAAUUGACGAAUUUAAUCAUUUAAGAAAUUCGAAUGAAACAUCAUUUUUGAACACCGAUACCUCCAAACAGAUAUAUGCACAGUCUGGAGUUAGAACAGAAAAUGAAGAGGAAAUAAAUGUCAGCUUAAUAAAUAGUAAAAAUAAUGAAGAAAUACUUGAAGAAAACUAUCUACAAAAAUCCCAUUUUGAAAACCAAUAUGAAAGUACACAAUAUUCAAAUAUUAAAACCGAAAUUAGCUCCCCGAAUACUGAUGACUUUGAGAAUAUCAAAUAUCAUAAAGAAACGUCGUUUGUUGACACAGAUACCUCUCAGGACGUUUAUGUUGGGUCUGAAGCUAGUUCAAAACAUUUAGAGAAUAUCGAUGGCAGCUUUACAUACACAAACAAUGCUUCACAAAAACUGGAAGAAAAUGAUUUACAAAAUUCACAAUCUGACAAUCAAGACGACAGUACGCAUUGUUCGAAUACCGAAAUCAUGUCCCCGAAUACUGAGGUCUUUGAUAAUAUUAAACCUGACCAAACAACGUCGUUUUCUGACACAGAUAUCCAUCAACAAAUGUAUGUUCAUUCAGUGGAUAUAGUAAAACAAAUAUAUACUAAAGAUGGCAUUUUAGAACAUAGUGAAAAUCUUAAUGGAAAAGAGGAAGAAAGUUCUCCAAAGCAAUUACCAUCUGAAAUCAAAUAUGACAGUACAUAUCGUUCAAAUAUACAGACAACCGACAGUGUGUCCUCGAAAACGGACCCCUGUGAUAAUGUUCAACAUGAAACAUCAAUUUUGACCCCAAACAUCUCUAAAACAAUUUAUGUUCAAUCUGUAGUUGCUUCACAAGAUUCCGAGACUUGUGAUGGUAGCUUAGUAAAUAGUGAAAGUAACACCGAUAUAAUCAAAGAAAAUUCUACGCAGCAAUUACGAUCUGACAACAAACAUGACAGUACACAACCUGACAAGACUGCACAACUAACAGAUCAAAAUCAAAUAAACCCAUCCACACACAGUUAUGAUAAUUUAUGUGAUGAAAACAUGGAUGAAAAUAAUCUUCAAAGUACCGAAAACAAUAUAAAUCUGGAAUAUCAUAACACGUCACAAUCUUCAUCUCAACAGGAUUUACGAUAUGUUCCAUUCGAUUCCGAACAAGAUGAACAGAACUUUAGAGAACGAGUUUAUGUUCACAAUGUUGAUUGCCAUGUUCAAAGACACAAAAGCCCCCGAGAGAUAGAUAGUCUUGAAAAAAAUGCAGACGAAAAAGAUGAACCAGAUAUGAAGGGCAAAUUCCAUACCAAAUCUACUGGAACAUUUUGGCAACUUUCUGACAAGACAUCGUAUAGCAGCAAUUUGGACAGUCUGGAUAAACAACAUCAAGACAGUGAAUCUGAAAAUCAAAUCGAAACAACGAACAGAAUAUUAAACGAACAGACCACGAAUGUCAUAAAACCUAAACAAGAACGGAAAGGUAGAAGUCGACUUCGGAAUAUUAUCAUUAGAAAACGGAACUGCGUAAGUCCAUCACCUGCAAAACACGAAGAACUCUCGAGGCGAAGUCGAAGCUGUCCUGCAUUUUACAAAACGUUUAAUGCUAAUAAUUCAGAUUGUUCUAGUUGUGUUUGUUGUAUCAAUAGUGUUCAUCCUAUAGAAGCAAGUAAACACUCACCACACUUUGAUAGUCUUAAUGAGUUGAACAAUCAAAAUUCCACUCUUUUAAAUUAUUCUGAUUGUUUAACCUCGGUUUGUUGCAAAGCUAGCAUCCAUCCGGUACAAGAUAAUAGGAGAAGUUUAUCAAAAUUCGAUAGUCUUGAUAAACUGGACAGUCAAUCCGAUUUCUGUGACGAUUCUAAUUGCAAAAGUUUAAUUUGUUGCAAGAACCGUGUUAAUCCAAUAAGAGAUAUCGGAAGUAUACCGCAAUCUGGAACCCAUAAUCAUUUGGAUUCGGAUUCCAGUUGUUGGGAUAGUUCUAUCUGUACAAGUUCAGUUUGCUGCAAAAAUAGUGUUGUGCCAAUUGUUACGGAAGCACGGGUCAAUCAAAUUGAUGAUAAAUCCGAUGAGUGCUCAUCUCUUGGUGACAAAACUAAAUCAACCUCUACUUUACCAACUUCAGAGACUGAGGAAGACAGCGGAAAUAAUCUACCAAAUGUUCCUGAUACCACAUAUUUUGGCCAAACAGACAAUAAUCAAACGUCUUCCAGAAAUUUUAUAAUGACAGACAAGAAGGACAACAAUGCACACAGUUCAAAAGAAACAUGUAUUAAAGAGAAAUCUGUUUGUACAAUAACUGAAAGUUUUGAUAAAGAAGACAAUUCCGACCAAAAUAGAAAUAAUAGUUAUGACAAUAAAAGCAUAGAACUUAAACCAAGUUCUGAAACAGCUCAUCAUCCUAAAGAUUGUACAAUGGAAUUACUGCAAAAACAAGAGAACUUUCCCGGCAAACAUGAAUCUAUUGACCCAAAUCAUUCCGAAACAAAUGAUUUCAACUUCCUCUGCUCCCAAGACCCAAAAAAUACCGAAAAUGAUCAUGGGAUUGCCCAGUUAGCUAAAGAACCAGAAACAAUCUUAUUCAGUUCUAAACCUAUUGAUAUUAGCAUUCAUGAUAUAAAUAGCAAAAAUUUGAACUGUCGUUAUCCCGUUUCGUCCACGGAGCAAGUCUUGGAUAUUUCUUCGGAUGUAACAUUUGGUACAAACCAAAACCAGAAAGCACAAGAUAAAGAAACAAGGACAAACAUCAAAGAUGAAGCUGUCAAAUCGUUAAACAUACAGACUGUGGAACAUCCUGAUAUUGUGGACAGACAUUAUAAACGCCCGUCAAAUACAAUCGACUUUGAGAAUAUUUCUGAAGUGGGGCGUAGUGAAGAUAUAGAUUCUAAAGAAGUUAUAAAACUUGGGAAAAAGUGCAGGAGUAUUUCAUCAGCCAAUCAAGAGAGACGUCGACUGGGUACCCCUUUGACCCUUAUUCUGUAUGUGAAGAAAAAGUGCCAGUCCAAGAUUAGAAAGAUUAUGGCUUCCAAAAACAACGCUGCAGUUUCUAAGAAAACAGAAUCACAGACACAAGAAAGUGAUAACAAUGCUAAUAUAAACAUCCCUAAAGAGGGAACGCGGACCUCAAAGAAACCUUUUGGAGUCCGGGAAUGUGAUUCAAAUGGAAAUAAUAUCAAAGGGAAUGUUGUAAACAAAAAUUGUGGAACUGAAACAAAGGAGAAUAGUGUGAUCGACAUCGAAACCCAUCAACAGAACGGUACUAGAGGGAGACAAUUAACAGAAGAAGAGAUGGUCCGUUUGGAAAGUUUCUCCAGGCUUGAUCCAUCGACGCUGCGUGUAAUUGGAUGGUCAUCCGGUGCGGCAGAUUCCAUGACAAAUACACCGGAUUUAGCAGAAACACAAGACGAUGAAAAUAUGUGUAAACUAACAAAGGUGGAAUUUAGGAGACUGCAGGACCAAGUCCGAGAUGUCAGUUUCAACCUGCGAAAUCGUUUUCGGACGUCGGCAUAUCAGCAAGUAAAUCUUGUGCCUGGAAAGAAAUUAUACCAACAACCUAAUCCAACGCCAUUGGAAAAUGCUACACAAUUAUACAGAAGUCAGCUGGCUGCUAGUUUACGUGCUUUCAAACCGAAAGAGUGGCCACCUUUAAAUUCACAGGAGUUAGAAACUUCGUACCUGAGGUGCAAACCAAUUAACUGCCAAAACGACAGUCAUUCUUCUCCGCCGACCAGAUGUUCUGCAAGAUCAAGACCAAAAUCCGUUCCUCCAUCUGCGUUUAGAAAUAGAGCACAGCCUAAACGAUCAGAUACCCCUACUGACGUCAGACCGGGUAAUUUUGAUUCCCUAAACCCACGUGUUUUGUCGCAUUUACUAAAUGAUACAUUGACUACGUCUUCGUAUGGAGAAAUUGCAGCAACCUAUAAUCAAAAUGGCGAUGAGAGUUCAUCGAAAACUAAGGACACUAAAGACGACGACGUAAGUACGAGUGGAAUUGAAAGCAACCCGACAGACGACACAAGCAGUAGUGAUGACGAAGACGAUAGUGAUUUUGAACCUGAAGUAGAUGAAAAUCGAUUAGCUCCGGAGCUGUAUUUAAGACCGGAGAAACUGGAUUCAUUAUUGUUGCCCGAUUCUGCAAAGGGCUGGAGAAAAUUCGAUUUUGAUGCAGACAAUGUAAGUUAUCCAUAUUAUCCGUUUUCCAAUCCGUUACCUGAAUCGUUUCGUGAAUUAGAUAUGCGGCAGAUUGCUCGUUUAAAAUGGAAUUGGCGAGAUCAAACUCGACAAAGGUCACGCGAAAAAGGGGUCGAUGACAUUCUUGACAGAAUGGUUGAGUUAGAACGUCUUCAGAUGGAAACGGAGGACUGGGAACAAAAACGUUCUGCACAAAUCAAUAAACGAUAUUCCAAGAGGGCAAUGAGUGCAAAAGUUCCUCGUGAUAAACGAUGUUGUGGUAAAUGUUUACAACCUGCAUGUACUGGUGAUUGUCCAGAAAAGUUCGUGCAAUCUGAAAUAUGUGAGCUUUGUCGGCAGCAGUUUUGUGUGAAAUCUUGUGCGGACACAAAAUAUGAACAACGCAUGCGUCAAUCCCGAUUAGACGAUAAAAUUCCUGUGCCAAAGACCCCAAAUCCUAAAUAUUGUAAAAGUUGUCAAACAAAACACAACGCUAAACUAGUUAAUGCAAAUAAUAUUGUUCUAGGCAGACCUAAAUCAUGUAAUAGUACGUAUAGUCGUGGUCAAGCUAGUAACAAACCAAAAGACUAUCGACCUCGUUCUGAUACCCCGGUAUCCAUAGACAUGUUUCAGGAAUUCGAUAAACUUGGAAUUGAUGCACAACAACCGGUUCGUCCAACAACAGCGAAAGUGCAACGACCGAGGAGCAGAAACUCUUCAUUUCCUAGCAAAUCUUUUUACUCUCAGAGAAGAGACUCAUUGACAGAAGCUGACAAACAUAGAUUCAAAAAGAAAUCCCAGAAAAAUAGUAAAGUGUUAGUUCGACGACCAAAAACAGCAGUGUAGUUACUGAAAGAUGAAAAUAAUAUGUGCUUAAAUUGUUAAAUCUUUAUAGUUAGUUAAUAAGAUAUAUUUAGUGAAAACAUA